UUCUGUAGUACCUACCCCUUUUGUUCCUUCACCAGCUGCCACACUCAAUCUCAUGACCUGUACACCAUUCCUCUAAUCAUCCCUAUUCUUUUAUAUAGUCUCUCACGUUUCAAAUCUCUCCUGCAAUUUAUACUCUUCUACAUUUCAGUCUCUAUUCUAAUUCCUGCUCUCAUCUCCUCACCUCUCUCUGAAUCUUGAGUAGUGAAUUCCUCAGUCAGGAUUUUGGGGGAAAGAAAGAGUUUACAGUGAAAGAAGGGAAAAGAAGAACAAUGAAAGCUACAAUGAUUUUCAUGGUUACCAGUUUACUUGUCCUGUUGAGUUGUUCAUCUACAAAUGCUAAGAGUGCUCCAUCUCUGGUACUCACUCCGACGCCGGCACCGGCACCGGCUCCAGAUUACGUUAACCUCACCGAUCUAUUAACAGUAGCUGGACCAUUCAAUACUUUCCUCAGCUUACUUCAAUCAACCAAUGUGAUCCAAACAUUCCAAGAUCAAGCCAACAACACUGAACAAGGAAUAACCAUCUUUGUACCAAAGGACGGUGCCUUCUCAUCUCUUAAAAAGCCAUCUCUAUCCAAUCUCACCCAAGAUCAGAAAAAGUCACUUUGCCUUUUCCAUGGCUUGUCCCAAUACUACAGUCUAGCUGAAUUCACUAACCUGAGCCAAUCAAGCCCUGUAACUACAAUGGCAGGAGGGCAGUACUCUUUGAAUUUCUCAGAUACCUCAGGAACAGCUCUACUUAGUUCAGGAUGGAGUAACACCAAGGUGAGCAGCAGUGUUUAUUCUACAAAACCUGUUGCAGUGUAUCAGGUUGAUAAGGUCCUUCUUCCUGAGACAAUCUUUGGUCAAGCCCCUCCUCAAGCCCCAGCUCCUGCACCUACUCCAGAGAUUGCUCCAGCAGCUGAUUCUCCUUCUUCAAGUGCAACAGAAAAGGGUACUGGGGCUUCUCCCAAAUCUUCAUCUAAUUCUUCUCACAGGAUCAUCAGUUGGGGUGCCUUGCAUUACUUGGCUUUGGCAAUGUCAGGUGGAUUGAUCUUAUUCUUUUAAGAAGAGGUGAAUUUAUUAUGUGGGAGUACUGGAGUUUCUUAAUUUAAUUUGAGAUGAGAGAAGAGUUUGUGUAUUCAUCUUUCCUUCUAUUUCUUUCAGUUUAGUUUCAAUUUUUUUGAACAAAAUAUUUUGUUGAUUGAAAUUAAGUUUGAGGACAUGGUUCCCUUCUUUUGUCA